AUGUCGGACCUGUCCCAAUUGGGCCCCGAGCGCUGGAACAGGUCACCAAUACUAAUAAGCUCUGAACCUUCUGGUCUUCCUUUUAUUCCCCCGGCCAGCCCUCCGCCCGAUGUGAAAUUCGAAGUCGCAGAGAUAGAUGAGCCCCUUGACCCAGAGACGGAUCGGUCAUCUCUAAAUCGAGGGGAACAUCUUCCACCUCUGGGUAGAGAGGGCUAUCUGCCUCUAGAUCCCGAGGUUCAUUUGUCGCCUCUCGACCCCCGCACCCCAAAGGCAAAUACGAAUUUCGAUAACUAUAUCCCAGCCGGCGUUUUGGGCAAAUCCCGCUCCACGUCCCGCUACCCGGGCUGCGAGAUUAGACUGCUGGAAACACACGAAUGGAUCCGCACACGCUUUCUUGUCGACAGCAGAAAUGUACAGAUUUUCGUGCUACCAAGGGCAGAGAAAGUCCGGGAUCAAUCCGAAAAGACUCUCAAAUUCAAGGCUCUCAGAUACGCUCUCAAAACCGUCAUGUCCAUGAUCGAUAGCUCCUCUGAAGCAUGGAACGGCUUGAUUGAUGCCCGUUUUGAUCUACUUGCCAACAGUCAACCCGACAGCGAAGAAGAAUCACUAUAUUACAUAUACAAUACGCUGCAAGAACCCAAACCAGACUUGGACCAAGUAACAGAUCCGAUCUCGUGGUGUGUUAUGGAUGAAUUACUUACCAAUUCGGUUCGAAAUCUUAAAACAUCGCUUCAUCCGUUUCAGCGCGAAUCUGCUGCUUUCAUGAUUCAGCGGGAGGUACAGCCGGCCCUGGCGCUUGAUCCGAGAUUCCAGCCUUUGCGGGGUCCGACUGGGUUGGAGUUCUAUUAUAAUAAGGAGUCUGGGAGCAUUUUGCGUGAUAAGAUAUUGUAUCCCGAGGCCUGUGGAGGGAUUUUGGCAGAGUCCAUGGGAUGCGGGAAAACACUCAUCAGUCUUGCUGUGAUAUUGGCUACACGGGGACAUUUCCCCAAAAUCCCGGUGGAGUAUCAAAAACUCGAGAACCCCGUCAGGAAAAAGACUGGAACAUUAUUGCAAAUGACUGCCGCUGCUGCUGGGCGCUUUUCUCUGCCCUGGAAGGAGUACAUUGACCAGAAGAGAGCCUGUGGACAAUAUCUCAUUAAUUGUGAGAAGGCCUGCGAGACCUACCGUGGUUCCUAUAUUAUACCCGCAAAAGAGAACGCAAGAUCAAGAUCAAUGUACGUCCAGUUGCCCGAGGAAAUUCGUCUCUCCUCUGGUACAGUCGUUAUUGUCCCGGACAACUUGGUGGACCACUGGGAACGCGAGAUCGCUACCCACACUAGCAAUCUGAAUGUCCUAGUACUGCGAAAUAGUACCCCUGAAACACCGUCAGCGGACGAACUUCUGAAAUUUGAUAUUGUGUUGUUAACUAAAGCCCGAUGCGUUAGAGAGAAUCCAAGCCGUGGGAAGAGGCCGGAUUCUCCUCUUUUCAAUCUUCACUGGUUGCGAGUUAUUGUCGAUGAAGGGCAUGACCUUUCCAGUCGAGUGACGAAUUUGUCCCACUUGCUAGGCAAACUGAAAUUCGAGCGCCGCUGGAUGAUUUCGGGAACCCCUCUUUCGGAGUUGUAUGGAGUGGAACUGAGCAUUGCAUCGCGGGAAGUGAACAUAGACGAUCCUGUAUCGUCGGACGAAGACGCAUCCUUGCAGUUUCACAAAAAGACGGGCAAUGCCGUCGAUACUGAAAUCAAAAAUGUGAGUAAAUUGGGUGACAUGGUUCAUCAUUUCUUCAACCUCAAGCCUUGGGCCAACAAUCCCGAAGAUUGGGUACGUUACACAAGAGCGGUGGGUGAAGAUGGCAUUCGUCGAAAAUCUCCCUCUCUACGUGCGAUCCUUCAAGGUCUUGUUGUGCGACACCGGUACGAAACAGUCAAGAAAGAGAUCACUCUUCCACCGCUGUACAACAAGGUCAUCUACCUGGAGCCGACCUUCUACGACCGGCUCUAUAUCAACAUGUUCCUCUUCACACUCGCAGUCAACGCCAUUACAUCUGAACGUGAAGGCCCCGACUAUAUGUUCAAUGGGAAGAAGACAGGGAAAAAGAAUAGACUCAUGGAGUUGAUACAAAACUUACGUCUUGCUGGAUUUUGGUGGGCUGGCGAUGACAAUGUCCAAAGUACUGUUGACAUUGCUCUGGAAUAUCUGCAGAAAAACGAAGAGAAGAUGACAGUGGCAGAUGUCAACCAAUUAAAACAAGGCAUCGAGAUCGCGCGAAAGGCAAUUAAUUCCACCGGCUGGAAUGGGUUUAAAAACAUGCAUGAGCUUGGCGUCUUUGUUCGAAAUUUCCCAGAGCAUGCUCGCAACAUGUGGGCUCUUGAUCCCACAGACGCCGACCGCGAGCCCCUGCUCAUGGGUAUGACGCAGGCCCUUCGCGCGCAACAAUUCGUGAUGAAAAAUAUGGGCAGGAUCGAUCCCACUGCAGGUUUCGCAGGAGAGGGUAUCAAAGUUCGACAGGGGCUGCUUAAGCACCAGACGGCUCGUUCUGCUUACAGUGGUGCCCAGGGGCGGAUGAAUCCAAAGGAAUCAACCCCGCCAAAGAAAAAGGAUAAACAAAGCUUUGAGAAGAAUCUCCCACAGACUUUUGAACAAACAAAGCUGGAAGGAGUAGCAUCGGCCAAGCUUCGGUACUUGUUAGAGCAAGUGCUGGAGUUCCAGAAGACCGAGAAAAUCAUCAUCUUUUACGAGCACGACAACGUUGCCUCCUGGGUCGAGCAAGGCCUACAGUUAAUAGGCGUCAAAUUCCGCACCUACGCUAGUGCCGUGAGCAUGGGCUACAACACCAAAUCCGAGAAUCUGGCCGCAUUCCGCCAAAACGACAAAGUCCGCGUUCUACUAAUGAACGUCAAACAAGCCGCGCACGGCCUGCACAUCCCAGAAGCCUCACGGAUGUACAUCGUCAACCCAAUCUGGGAACGCAACGUGGAAAGCCAAGCCAUCAAACGCGCGCACCGAAUCGGCCAGAAAAGACCCGUCUACGUCGAAACGCUCGUCCUAGGCAACACCCUCGAACAUCGAAUGCUCCACCGCAGCAAAAACAUGACUUCCGAGGAGACCAAGAACGCAGGAAAGAACCCGGUGGACGACAAAACCAUGAGCGAGAUCAUCCAGAACGAGCCCUUCCUGCCCAUGCCCGACGACGAGGCCUCGGCCGGCAUGGCUCCGCUGGCACAUUCGAUCGUGCUCUUCGAGCCCGAUAACGUGGUCCGUGCGCCCGAGCCACCGCGCCCGAGACCGCUAAGACCGGCCCCGUGGAACCCACCGCGGGGCGUAGAGCCCAGUGCCGAUUCUAAUUCGGUCGAUAUUCAGGGGCCACCACCGCCCAAGCGGCCGCGGACUAGCUUUGCUCCGCAAAGUCGGGUAAUGGGUGUCGGUGAGGUUCCUGCGCCGCAGCAGCCCGUGCUCGGGGUUAAUUCGGCUUCUGGGGCUGGGGUUGCUGUGUGGCCUUGGCCGACUAGCGUUGCGAAUCCUGCGGCGGUUAAUUGGGAUGGUUUUGGAGCGUCUGGUCCGGUGCAAUUUGUACCGAUGGGCUCUGUGGGAGAUUCGACGGGGGACGGGGUUGAUACGCGAGCCUCGUUGUUCGGGCCGUUCGGGCCGUGA